GGUCGGCGUGAUGCGAGGUCGAUGUAUCUAAAUACUUUCGCACUUUAACAAGUGAGAAGACUUGUCAUGGGUAGUUUGAACAAUGCAGCUACUGCCAUGAAAAGAAACUCCGUGUCCAUACUUUGACAGCUUUUCGCGAUGAACAUUGCAGACAAUCCAAACGUAAGCUCGAUGUACUCAUGCAUGGUAUGAAGUUUGCUUUUUUAUUUCUUACUUAUGUACUGGAUCGGGCAUUCGCUUUAUCAUAGUUAAUCGAUUAACUUUGGCUUAAUCAACAGUAAAUGUUAUUGGUAUUAAAGCUGUCUUUUUUCUGGGAAUGGUGUGUUUGUGUUGAUUUUAUUUUUUAUAUGUGGUGAUUUUAAAGAAGUUUUGAUCGAGCUUUCGUUGCUCUCUGGAAGUCAGUUCCAUUGUCGCGGGUGGCACAAUUUUGGCGGACUUUUUGACGCGGCGAUAUUCAGCAUUUAAAGUACUUUUAAAUGUGUAUUGUUUCUUUUGCCGGCUAAUUGUAUUUAUUUGUUUGGAUGUCUUGUCGAGCAAAGGAAAAUGUGAUUCACGCCGAUUCAGUAAUUCGACUUCAUUGCCCAUUUCAAAACUGUGGUAAAUUUUACAAAAACAAUAAGAAUUUAAACGAACAUCUUCGUCUUUAUCCGGAGCACAAACCGGAUGGCUUGUCAACCUCUCGGAAACAGGUUUCAUUAAGACAAUGCGCAGAAAAAUUUCUAGACGAUGAGAGUAAUCCUUAUUCCAGGAAGCAAAGGGUCAGUGAACUGCUGAACUGUCUGAACGAUGAAGAACUUGUGGAUUUAGUUUUACCAAAGAUUGCCAAAAUUGUGUCACCUGUGGACUUUUUACUGCAAGGAACUGAUGGAAAUCAUGAUUUUUAUAGCAAAUUAUGCAAGUUCAGAGAUGAACUUUUCCUGCACUACCCAGAACUUCAAGCACUGUUUUGUCCAGAUCCCUCACCAAGCACUGGUUUCCAUAACCAGAGGCAAGUGUUCACUGAAAUAGUUCAAAAGAACAAACCUAAUUCUUGCGACUGGCUCCUUGACAUUGACAAUGGUUCUUUCUUCAAGGAUGUUGUUAUCCCUUGUGUUUUUAAAAAACAGCACUCUGCGUUUUUGGAAUUUUCUUGUGGAAUUGUCGGGUCCCUUGCGAUUGGACAAAAGGAAACACAAGAUGUACUAAGAAAAAAGUGGGGGAAAAUAUUGGAAGUGGCCAUUGGCAUCAAUCCAAUUUUAAGUAAAGACGAGAUUUUUGGUAAUCUGAAUGACACCCGCCAAGAAUUACUGAAACAAAUUGGUCUAGAAUUUAAUGAAUUUGGAGAAGUGGUUGUGGGCCAUGUUGACAUUGAAAAGUACAUUUCAUUGUUUCUUGCCCAACCUGGAACUCAGAGUGUAAUAAAUACACCCAACAAUUAUCUGAUUCUAAUGGAUUACACAGAUGGCUUUCCGUGGCUUAAAUGGUCUCGUCAUUUUACCGGAGAAACCAGUGUAAGAGUGAAACUAGUUGAGCCUUACAAUUUACUUAGCACAGUUUUGACUGUUGCCCUUUGGUUGGGGAAUGAUGACUACGAGACAACAAAAAAAUGUGGUCAUGCUGUUUACAAACAGCUUCAAGAGCUCAAAACAAUUAAACACCCACUUACUGGGCAAGAAAAUUAAUAAAAAUUAUUAGACGCACUUGUGGGGAUGGUAAGGAAAGGAGGUUAUCUACUGGCAGUUCAUCUGCCAAAUCCACUUAUCCAAUCCCAGAAGCCCCAGAGCACCAGAGCCAACUGGGUGACAUGAAGAUCAUCUGUCCAGAACCAGUUUGGACAGUUUCAGAUGCAGAGAGUUGCCAAAAAACAUUUGAGAAUGAACUAUGUGGAAAAGCCCCCACUAAAGAAAAGCGCAGAGAGUUUGCAAAGCAAAAUCUUGGGAACACUGGGCAUAAAAAUUUGAAUGGUACAGCCCUCAGUUCUCAGUAGUGACCAGCAGUUCUUAUUGGCACUAAAAAAUGGACUGGCUAAGUCUGUCCAUCUUCAUGAGAAGUUGAUAAAGUUUGACGAGGUUGGAGUAAAAGCAUUUGCUGCUCGAAUGCCUAACAUUUUGAGGCAUGCAGGAUUUAAAGGCAUUGUGCUGGAGAUUUUAGCUUCAUUUUGUAGUGGUCUGGAAGUUGUUUACCAAAACCUUCUGCAGACGCCACACGAGUUAACUGGUGAUGAGUACAAAGUAAUGGCCCGUGUUCACCUUGGCUUUCAAGCUGUCCAAAUAUUUGGAACUGUUAAUAUCACAGCUUCCAUCUAACAAAUUGUGUCUUAUGUUCCAUACUAUGUCGACAAGGCCCGAGCGGAUGCUUCACUGAUAGGUCUUCCACUGACAUUAGCUAACUUUAAUGAUCCCUUGAUGGGAACAGCACAUAAAUUAAACAAGUCACAAUCCUUGCUUUUUUCCGGUGGGAGAACUGGGCCAAUAUCGAAAAAUGCUUACCAGAAGCAGGUUAUCAAACAGCAAUUCCAAAAUGAAGCAUUCCAGCUUACAAGCAGGGAAAAUACUCCACAGAAAUCAUCAUCAGCCAAAGCUGAAAGAAAAAGGCAGGCACUGAUUGAUAAAGAACCCAAUGUAAAAAAAGUGCAUCUACCUUUUAUUGAAGACAAGCCUAAGCUAAAAUUUGUCCAGACAAUGUCUGAGAAGCAAGCUGGCAAAACUGAUGAAAAUGACGAUGAGCAAAUUGACAAGGUAAAGAGAAAACAGGGUAUUUUGUAUUAUGUUAUAAUCCAAAAUUACCGGAUAAUUGUCAUACAUGUAGGAUAUUCAUGUUUUACAUACUAUCAGCAAAGAUGAAAACAACCUUAAGCAUAUCUUGUUUUACAAAACACAAUGUAUCAAUUGAAUAUGAAGUGAAACACAGGGCAGGUUACAUGGAAAUGAAAUU